GCAACAUGGGCCGAUGUGGAUAAGGGGCUUUAAUGCUUUUGGAUCGCAAAGGAGAAUUUCUAGUAAAGUAUGACCUAUUAAAAGACAACCUUUGGAAAGCUUUAAAAAAUAAUGAAAAGUUUUCAUCAUGUUCUUAUUUAUUUCUGCUACUGAAUCCUGGAUUUACAAUUCAGAAAGAACUGAACUGUAACAAACAUGAAUAUGUUUUUUUUAAAUGUUACCUGUUACAAACUCAAGAUUUUCAGCAUAUUUUCUUGCUUACUUUUUCAAACAAUUACAGAUAUCAGUUAAGGUGCAGAAUGCAUUACCAUUUCAUAUGUUGUGUAAAAUAAUUUGACAGGGAUAAUUACAUAAAAAAAUUUAUUUAACACUAUAUCAUGUCAAUGUUUUUUAGAAUAUGUUUUCAGAUUUAUUAAAAAUCAUGUUUUUGCUUGUCACAAAAUGAGCAGAAUAUUUCACAAAUUUUACGCAGGGUUUUAUGGCAGUACUUGCUGGGUAUUGCAUGCAGUGUUAUCGCUGAUAGGCAGAUACUUGGAAUUAAAUCUGUAGAAUGCUUUACAGCUAUCCAGAAUACCAUUAGUCCUACCCACAAUCAACACUUUGCACCAUUCAAUGACACCCCUCCAUUUCAAAAUAUGUGUUGGGGCGCUAGAUAUGAGCAUGUGCAUUCUUAACUGAAUCCAUUGGGCAUUACAGAUAUAUGCAUUCUUAUCAGGAAAAACCUAACCAGCAACACUGUUAUUAGUCUUGAUCAUAAAUACCCAAAUAAUUUUUUAGGGCUGCUUGUAGAUAUCGGAAGCUGAAAGAAUAGUACAGAUAAAAUAUGGAAAGUGACUUUAAUUCGACCCCCAAUGAUGCUUAGAGUUAAAUGUUGACCUCAAAAAGUUCACUAUAUAUGUAACAAAAACCGAAUUUAACCAUCAAAUAUGAAAAUGAAUAUAAAUCUUUUUAGGAUUUUGGACAUUCUACACUUGGUUUUUACUUCCAUUUCUUAAAAUGUAGAAAUAUAAAUUUUGCUAUUAAGAUUGUUUUUAUUAUGGUCAGUUUCAUCGCCAAGUACUAAGAAUGCUAUCCUGAUUAGGACUCCUUGUAGCGAUAUCUAAUUAUAUAUUACAAUUGCUUGCCAUAUCUUUGGUGUAGGGGAGUUUUCCAAAGGGGGAGGGGCUAGAGCAGGUAGUGACAAUAGCGUCACCUAGCUACGCCUUUGGCUGAGUUUGCGGAAGUUUAUUAACGAAGCUGAAAUUCUACAACCGGCGGGAGCACCAAACUAGUAUAGAGAUCUAGUAUAUGUUUUAAUUUUUUGCUAUUUUUUUGUGAAGUAGAUGGACCUCAAGUCAGAGAAAAUAGAGCGGAUCCUUUCUAAGUACAAAUUUCAUGAUGUCGCAGUUGCCGAGCUGCAAAAACUCAAUAAUAUCUUCCCAGACUUGAAUCCAUACACAGGCACUUACACAUUCAACGAUAGCAGCCAAAAGGAGCUCCUGAAAUUAUCCGGCGUCAUACCGGUUAAGUAUGACGGUCGCUCCUACAACUUCCCCAUCCAGCUGUGGCUUCUGGAUUCGUUCCCGUUCACUCCACCGAUAUGCCUCCUGAAACCCACCUCAAGCAUGGUGAUCAGAGAGGGAAAACAUGUCGAUGCGAAGGGACGGAUCCACCUACCGGGACUUCACAGCUGGGAUUAUCCCAAGUCAUCCGUUGUGGGUCUCCUGACCGAGAUGAUCACCAAGUUUGAGGAAGACCCUCCAUUAUCCUCAAAGACCACAAAGGACACCAAAGACCCCCACGAGCUCAUGGCGUUUGUCUCUAAUCUGCAGAUCAAUGAUGGUGGAAUUGGGCAUCACGACCAGCAAAAUAUCAAAGUUUCAGUUAUUGGAGGAGGUGAUUUGGGCAUGGCGUGUCUGAUGAGCCUUUUAUCUAAGUGUAAUGUGGACAAAUUAGUUUUCAUUGACAUUGCUGAAAGCUCCACCAAAGGCGGCAGCACAGAUUUGGAAAUUUUCAAUCUGCCAAAGGUGCAGGUAUCCAGAGAUAUUUCAGCUUCCGCAGGGUCCAGGGUUAUAGUACUGACUGCGAACUCAUGGAACAGCGAAGAGUCGUACAUAAAGGUGGUCCAGACCAAUGUUGAUUUGUACAGAGGAAUAAUCCCCGGUCUGGUACAUUUUAGCCCCAACACUAUUCUUCUCAUUGCCUCACAACCAGUGGACAUUAUGACCCAUGUUGCCUGGAGGCAAAGUGGUCUCCCUCCAACACGGGUAAUCGGAGCGGGGUGCAACCUGGACUCUGAGCGGCUGAGCUACGUUCUGGAUAUUAAUCUGAAUACGCACAAACCUGCAUGGAUCAUAGGAGAGCUCUCAGACAAUAAAGUUCCUGUAAUGAGUAAUGUUGGGUUGAGUUCCAAUGGAGAACUGGAGAUCGCUCCAGGAUCCAACUCUACCAAACCACUGUUAGACAGAGCAUUUGAGCUCAUGAAAAAUCGAGGCCAGCGGUCCUGGUCUGUAGGUCUUUCUGUUGCGGACAUCACCAACAGCAUCCUGACAGAUAAGAUGAAGGCUCACUCCAUCUCCACACUGGCUCAGGGCUGGGGAGGUAUAGGCGUAGAGGUGUUCCUCAGCUUGCCGUGUAUUAUGGGAGCAAACGGAUCCACGCGGUUGGCUGGAGUGUUGUUGGGACCUGAAGAAGAUUCCAAACUCAAGACAAGUGUCAACUCUCUCUCUACCCUUAUGAGUCAGAUCAGGAUAUGAAUGCAAUAAGCAGUCUGGGAAUAUCUUCUGCUAUAAAGUCAGCAAUGGACAGUGGCUGCACUGAUGUUAAAACACCAAAUGCAUCAUGUAACUUCUAACACCUGUUUCUCUUUAAUGCAGACAAUAUGUACUAAAUCACUGUAAAGAAUAUUAGUUGCACUUUCUUUAGGUUAGCAGGCCUUAGAAGCCUAUUUUUGCACUUUGUCAUCUUGCAAUGAAGUAAUGUUUUUUAUGUUCUUUUAAAGCCAGUGUAUUUUGUGCAAAACAUCUGAAAGAUGAGUGCAGUCUUUGGAAACAGUUUUUUUUUUUUUUUUCUUGGUCAGCAACACAAUGUGGUGAAAGCUAUUCAGGAUAUUUUGUUUAUUUCUGCAAAACUUGCAGAAUUCUUAGAAAAUCAAGGUGUUUGAUUAUGAAGAUUAACAAUGCAUAUUAUAUCCCAGAGAGGGUGUGAGCGAUAAAUCAGAUUGACUUAAGUGCAGCUUUGGUAUCUGCUCUCAUCCUGUUUCCUCAUAAAAUACGUUUUUGCUCUUGUUGUAUAUUUCAUGCAGAAACACUUUUACACAGCUUCAGCUAAAGCUACUUAAGACUUGUAUAUUUUGUAAAACUACAUUAUUUUGUGUGGAUGCAAUAAAUAUUUGAAAGCAAUGAUGAUUGUUUAAAGAACAGAACAACAGGACAUGUAUAGUUAAUCUCUUUAUAGUAGUAAGUAGUUGCAUAAAUGCAGGUAAGCUUUGGUCUUAGACUCUGACUAUGCAAAUUCUUUAUGUGGUGACUUUCAAUGAAGACGCUCUAUUAUUCUGUCAUGGAAAACAUAGUUGUGUCAAUGCCAAAAACAGUACUUCAUGGUGAGGCAAUGCCAACACAGACCAAAGUUUUAAGCAAGAGUUUGCUACUCUGAUAGGAAAACAAAAGUGGCACAGCUGGUGGAAAGGACAAGUGACAAAAUAACAAUAGUGGUAUUUGGAGAAAAAAAUGGCACAACUUAAAAAUAUGGCUCAAUCUCCAUUUCUAAAGAAUACUUUGCUAUGUAAAUAAAUAAAUGACAGAUGAAAAACAGCAACUUUGUUUACUUUGAAUGACACACUGAACUGAAAACGUUUUAAUUUUACUGGUAUUUUAACUUGCUUUCAAAAAAUCAUCACUGACUGCUAAUUAAAUGUCAGAAAUUCUA